AUGACCCAGCUCACUGACAUAAAGAGGGAUCUUACUCAGAGUCUUCAAUUUUGCAUUUCAUCGCUGGAAAAUCAAAUGGUUCUAAUGAAAAGGGCUCUUCAAGAUCUUGAUAGUAUCUCUGAUGAUACCUCUAAAGAUCCAGAAAAAUUAAUUAGCAACCCUCUCACUGCAUAUAAAUUUAUAAGACAGCUAAGAAAUGUGGGCACAGCCAUUGAGAAAAUCACAAAGAUGGAUAUCGUCAAGGCAAUAGACUUGCUCAUGUCAAAAACUCAGCUGCUUCUCAAUGAAAAUAUUGGUAUAGCACUCGCCAUUGUUAGACUGCAGAAAUUCUACAGACUAGAGCCAAAGGACAUGACUGGGUUAGAAACUCUGUCUGUGCUGAACCCAGAUGAGUGUUUCCACAUUGCAGUGAUUGCUCAUCAGAACCAGCAGUACUGUUGUGCCAUUCUCUGGAUUCAGGAGACCGUGAGGAAGCUUCAUGCUGGAGCAGAAGCUGUGGUCACCAAACAGAAAGUUCUGAAUCUUCUUAUUUCUAUUCAGUUUCAGUUAUUGAACCUACCCACUGCUCUUGGAGUCACACAACCAUUACUGGACUGUGAGCAUUUAAAUUGGAAGCCUAAACUCCAAUCCGCAUUUAUCAACAACCUGAAAGAGAAUAUUAAAAACUGGGACGGAAUGCAACACUUAAUUACUCGAUUUGACAUGUCUUCCCUUCAAAAUCCAUGGCAAAAUGGAUACGAGGACUUGUGUAGAGGACAGGGGAUCAAAAUGAACCCUACAAGACAGAAGAAAUUGGUCUGUAGGUACAAGACGGGUCAAGGCAACCCCCAGAUGAUGUAUGCCCCUGCUAAAGAAGAGGAGGAAUGGGAUGAGCCCCUUAUCCUCAGAUACCAUGACUUGAUUUCCUUAAGUGAAAUAGAUGUCCUCAAAAGACUUUCUAGGACAAAGCUUUCCAGAGCUAAAGUUUCAGAUCCAGUUACUGGGAAGCUCAUUUCUACCACAUUGCGAGUUUCAAAGAGUGCUUGGUUGUCUAAAGAUGAGAAUCCUGUUGUUGCUCGUGUCAAUCAACGAAUUGCAGACAUCACUGGUUUGGACGUGGAUACUGCAGAAGAUCUGCAGGUUGCAAAUUAUGGAAUUGGAGGACAUUAUGAACCGCACUAUGACUCAAUGGUGGCAAAUGGCGUUCCAUUUACUGAGAGAAGGAUUGCAACUGUUCUGGUCUAUAUGAGUGAUGUUGAAGUUGGUGGGUCUACUGUCUUUCCUGAUAUUGGUGCUGCACUUCAACCAAAAAUAGGCUCAGCAGUAAUUUGGCUCAACCUACUAAAGAAUGGAGAAGAGGAUACCAGAACUUUGCAUGCUGCCUGCCCAGUUUUUGUAGGCAGUAAGUGGGUUGCCAAUAAGUGGAUCCGCUGCCGGGGACAAGAGUUUAGGAGGAGGUGCACUCUGUCCAGGUCUGAGUGAGAGUGAGCUAGAGGACAUUAGGCCUAUAUUUCUCAAAAUAUAAACAUUAUAUUUUUUUCCAAACCAUGGGGCUCCUGAAAGAAACCAAAACUUUUAUUAAAACAAGCUGAAGAGAUUUUUUUUAACUAAGCUGGUUGGCAUAAGUUAAACGGUCUGAUUUGAAUUGUACCAAUUUUUGGUAAUGUUUGUCAAU